UUCGACCUAGUGUUUGCAGCGUAGGUUGCUAAGGCCGACGUUUUGGGCACGGAAGGGUGGAAGACAUUCUCUCCGCAUAGUCCAGGAGACGAAGCUGUGACACUUCGGCCUUUUUGAACAUCACCAUCAUGGACGAAGGGUGGCUCAGAGUUGACGCCCAUGAACGGCGAAUUUUGCUUCGGCCAUUUCACAGACGAAGUGGGAUUCCAGGUUAUAAUGUUUUCUUUCGCCAUCAAGAAAGAGCUCAAAGGCCCCCAUUUCCCACCCAGGUCGUCACUAAGCUAAACACCCCCUGUGCAAAAGAUCUGGCCCACUGACUCCUUGUACACCAACGUCAGAUGCACCUCCAGCCAGCCAUGACCGACACGGCCGCACCGAUAAUGGCCAAUCCCGUCAUCAGCGACCAUAGUGACGCCAAACGCGCACCGACAAUUAACGAUAAAUCGGCCACCAGUGCUCCCUCGUCCGACCUAGAUUCUACAACGGGCAGCUCGACAAAUGUAUCCGGCAAAGAAGAUGAGGAAUUGCCGCCACGAAAAAUAAAGGGCGUGGUAUGGGUUCUCGUUGUCAUGGCCAUUCUGUCCUCCCUCUUCUUCUUCAGCUUGGACAAUACCAUUGUCGCUGUCGUUCAGCCGAAGAUCAUUCAGCAAUUCAAUGCGCUCGACAAACUUCCAUGGCUUGUCGUCGCCUACACCCUUGGAUCUGUGAGCAUGGUCUCUUUCUGGGGGCGUCUUUACGGCCUCUUCGACGCCAAGAUCCUCUACAUCGUCUGCGUCUUCCUCUUCCAGGCAGGAUCAGCCCUCUGUGGUGCCGCGCCAAACAUGAACGUGCUGAUUGUCGGACGGACCUUGUGCGGCUGCGGAGGAGCUGGCAUGUAUAUAGGGGUACUGUCGUUGAUCUCUGCCUUCACGACCAAGCGAGAACGACCGAUGUACAUUGGAAUGACUGGCUUGGUCUGGGGACUCGGCACCGCCCUGGGGCCUAUCAUUGGUGGGGCGUUCACCAGCUCGAACGCAGGCUGGAGAUGGGCCUUCUACAUCAACUUGGUGAUUGGUGGCCUCGGCGCUCCCGUUUACCUCUUCCUGCUUCCCUCGUCGAAGCCUCGACCAAACGACUCAAGCAAGGAGCUCUGGAAGACGCUGGACUGGGUCGGCGUCGUCCUUUCCAUCGGCGCAUUCCUGACGGGCACCAUGGCCAUCGGCUUUGGCGGGGUCAUCUACCCCUGGGGAAGCGGCCAGGUCAUCUCGUUGUUCGUCCUCUCAGGACUCUUCUUCAUCGCCUUCGGCCUUCAGCAAAGCUUUGCCUGGUUUACCACCCCUGAGCAGCGUCUCUUCCCGGUCCAGUUUGUUCUCGACAAGGAUCUCUGCAUCCUCUUUGCCUCGAUUGGUUCGGGGACCGCCCUCAUCUUCUUGCCUAUUUACUUCUUGCCGCUAUACUUCCAGUACCUCCACGGUUGCAAUGCCCUCGCUGCCGGCGUCAAGUUGGUCCCGUUCAUCGUCACGAUGAUUGUCUUCGUUUUCAUCAAUGGAGGCGUCAUGAGCAAGACUGGCAUCUACUGGCCAUGGUAUACGGUGGGCGCGGCGUUGGCCCUUAUUGGCAAUGCUCUACUCUACACCAUUGACGUCGACACCAGCGACAGCACAAUCUAUGGUUUCACAACCUUGGCUGGUAUUGGCACAGGAUGCUUCGUCCAAGCGUCCUUCGCCGUUGCCCAAUCCAUGGUCAAGCCCAGCCAAGUUGCCUGGGCUACCGGCUUCAUCACUCUCGGUCAGUUAUCUGCUGGGACCAUUUCCAUGAGCAUCUCCAACUCUCUCUUCCUCAACAAAGCCACGGACAGUAUUAUGAGCCUGCUGCCGGGUUUCACGAAGGAUGAGGUGAUGGCAGGCAUUUCCGGGUACGGCAAUUUCUUCAGCAGCAUCCCAGCUUCUAAAGUUGAGGCCGUCAACGAAGCUCUCCUCAAAGCCCUUAGCCAGGUCUACAUUCUUGCCAUGGUUGCAGCGUCCCUGGUCUUUGUGCUCUCAUUGUUCUUGAAGAAGCAGAAGCUGGUCUUCGAUCCUGCGGUGGGUGGUGGUGCUUAGGAGAUUGGAAUCUAUCACCGCCAAAUAUGGUCGUCUGUGACAUGACAGCGCUACCUCCAGUGGAGUUUCACAGGGAUCAACAUGAUGGGAAUGAAUGACUUGGAAUUGGUUUACGCGUUGCUAGGCGUUGAUUUGGCAGUGUCCUGGUCUCUCUCUUGUAUGGGACACCAAAAAGAUCCAUUUAUCACAUAGAAUUGGCUGGUACCUACGGAGCAUAUGGAAUAAUGACAACCAGAAAAUCCGGUCUUGUUAAUUCAUCUCGGC